AUGAGCCAAAGUCACGGCGAUGGCGGCGACAAGGAGAACUAUGCCGAACGGGAACAAGAGAAGACGAAGCUGGUCGAGUGGGAUUCAUCAAAGGCGCCAUUGGAGCCAAGUGAGAUCAUCAUCGAUCCAGCAAAGAAGCCCGUAGGUCAUUCCUCGAAGUAUUUGCGCAAGGAUGACUUCGAGCUCGUCAAGACGCUAGGCACAGGCACCUUUGCAAGAGUGUGGCUGGUGAAGUUUGCCAACAAGAAGGGGGCGGAGAACAACGUCUUUGCGCUCAAGAUUCUGCGCAAGGUCGAUGUGGUACGGCUGAAGCAGGUCGAACAUGUGCGCAAUGAGCGUAAUGUGUUGGCUGCGGUUGCCGGCCACCCUUUCAUCACCACCAUGGUAGCUAGCUUUCAGGACUCGGACACGCUCUACAUGCUUCUCGACUACUGCCCUGGCGGUGAGGUCUUCUCGUACCUACGACGAGCGCGGCGCUUCAAUGAGUCGACUUCACAAUUCUACGCGGCCGAGAUAUGCCUCAUUCUCGAGUUCUUGCACGAGAAGGAAGGCGUAGCGUACCGUGACCUCAAACCGGAGAACAUUCUUAUCGACGCCGAAGGUCAUCUCAAGCUGGUCGAUUUCGGCUUUGCGAAGAAAAUCGACAAUCGUGAGACGUACACACUGUGCGGCACUCCUGAGUACCUUGCUCCGGAAGUGAUCCGCAACACAGGCCAUGGGAUUGCCGUUGACUGGUGGGCUUUCGGCAUCCUUAUCUACGAGUUCCUUGUCGGGCAACCGCCAUUCUGGGAUCAGAACCCGAUGAAGAUCUACGAGCAGAUAGUUGAGGGUAAAGUGCGCUAUCCGUCAGCCAUGUCGCAAGAAGCUCGUGAUAUCAUCGGCGGUCUCUGCACGGUCGACGUGACGAAGCGACUAGGCAACGUCAAGGGCGGUGCAAGCACGGUCAAGGCGCAGCCUUGGUUUAAAAGCAUCGAUUGGGAUGCGCUUUACCAUCGGAAGAUGCAGGGGCCAAUCGUGCCGCAUUUGCGCAGUCCGGAUGAUACAAGGAACUUUGACGACUAUGAUGCGGAACCUGUACAUCGAGAUCCGUACACCAAGGAAAUGCAAACGAAGUAUGACCAGAUGUUCUCUGACUUUUAA